AUGGAGCGAUUCAAAUUUGAUGAUACCUUUUGCAACUCUAGAUACAAAAUACUCUCUCUCUUUGGUUCUGGUGGUUAUGGUGCAGUCUAUAAAGGCAAAGACACGUUACUAAAUAGAGAUGUUGCAAUCAAAGUAGCUCAUCUCUCAGAAAGUGAUGUGCUUGAAAAGGAAAUCAAAGCAUACCAACAUAUAGGAUCUAAGAAGCAUUUCCCAACAAUAUAUUGGUAUGGUCAAGACGGCGAUUACCACUUGUUCGUUAUGCAACUAUUAAACAAAUCAUUAGAUGAUAUGCUAAUGCGAUUUGGUAAACUAUCGUUAAAGACGAUAUUCAUGCUAGCAGAUCAAGCAGCAUUGUGCUUUAAAUGGAUUUUUGAAGCACUUUCGUUUAUGCAUUCUGCGGGAUCCCUUCAUCGUGAUAUCAAGUCUGGUAAUAUGUCGAUGGGCCUUGGUGAUACAUCUGAAACGCUAUAUAUCUAUGAUUUUGAUCUUGUUAAGCAAUUCAAACAUAACAACAGACAUACUUCGCAGUGCUAUGGAACAUAUACGAUCGGCACAUACAGAUACACUAGUCUGAAUUCCCCUGAAGGCAUAAGCAAGCACAUCUUUAAUGAAAAAGCCAGACAAACUAAAUCGAUAUAUAUAUACGAGGACGUUAAGCUUGAAGCUAUUUAUCAACUAAAGGAAAACAUAGUCCCCGAAAAGCUCUGCGUUGACUUGCCUUUGGUGUUUAUUACAUUUUUAAAGUACGUGCAUAAUCUGUCUUUUGCAGAAAAGCCAGAUUACAACUAUUUACGAAACAUGUUUAGGAGUGUGUAUGAACAGAACAAGUAUCAGGUCGAUAAUUUAUAUGAAUGGACUAAAACAACUGAUCCUGAAAUGAUCACGUACAAAAAGAAGAAGAAAAUAGAAACAAGGAAAAUAAGAAUGAAGAGAACAAAAGAAGAGAAGAAGUUCAAGAAGGUCAUUUCGAGGCCAAGGAAAAAAUGGCCAAACCCCGUUCAGGACUUUCUAUUACCAUCCAACUUACCUAUCAAACAAAAACGCGCGAUUGUGUUGUGA